AUGGAACUGGGGGGCAUUCAGUCCACAGUGAGGACGCGCCGCCACGGGAGGUGGGGGGUGGACAGGAGCUGGAGGACUGGCAUGACAAUUGCCUGUGGCCUGGGGCGGGCACCGUGCGAGCCCUGCCAAGAGCCCUCCUACCCCGCUGCUGUUCUCCCUCCCAGCAGAGGCACAGAAACGGGGGCCCCUGGACCCCUAAUUGCCAACCCCCGGGAACACCUGGGCUCCAGAGAGACAAGAGUCUGGGCGGGGUCGGGCGACGGCUGCCCCCUAGCUGAAGGCGCACCACUUCCCACCCUCCCGCGUUCCCUCUGUCCCGGAGGAGAGGGCCCCAGAUCUCAGUUAACAAUGGAGCCCCCGGUGCGCGGCGGGCACCCGGGCACCACUGGCGCCCGGCAGCGCGCCCUGCUGCGGGACAGGGAGGCCGUCCUAGCUUUCCCGGGUCUCCCUCGUCCUGGCCCGGAGCGCCAGGGGAGCCCUGCUCCUCCUCGCCCCGGGCCUCGGGCCGGCACAGCGGGAGUGACCGGGCAGGCCCAGCGCUCCUCGCCGCCGCGGGUCGGGGAUUUGGAGUUGCUCGAAGCUGCAGCCAGCUCCCGGGCGCGCCGCACUCCUCCGCGGCCGGAUCCCGGCGAUCCUCCACCAGCUGCCGGGCUCUCCCCCGGGGGUCCUGAGCGAGCGCACAGAGGAGGUGGCUAUUCCCGGUGCAUCCCGGCAGUUCCGCGUGAGUCCCGUGGCUGGAGCGGGAAGCCCGAGUCCCGGCCGGACGCGGGCAGCGGGGGAGCCCGGGCGCCGCGCUGUCACACGCGCCUCCGCCUGUCACUUACCGUUUCGAAAAGCGCUGGCCGGGGCGAAGGCGACGGCGAGCGCGGCGCAGAGGAGCGGCAGCCCCCUCUCCAUUCUCCCUUCGCCGGAUCCCCAGAUAAAUGUGGUGAUACUAUAAAAAUUGAAAGCCCAGGGUACCUUACAUCUCCUGGUUAUCCUCAUUCUUAUCACCCAAGUGAAAAAUGUGAAUGGCUGAUUCAGGCUCCUGACCCAUACCAGAGAAUUAUGAUCAACUUCAACCCUCACUUUGAUUUGGAGGACAGAGACUGCAAGUAUGACUACGUGGAGGUCAUCGAUGGAGACAAUGAAAAUGGACGCUUAUGGGGAAAGUUCUGUGGGAAGAUUGCUCCUUCCCCUGUAGUGUCUUCAGGGCCAUUUCUUUUUAUUAAAUUUGUCUCUGACUAUGAGACACAUGGUGCUGGAUUUUCCAUACGUUAUGAAAUUUUCAAGAGAGGUCCUGAAUGUUCUCAGAAUUACACAGCACCUAGUGGAGUGAUAAAGUCCCCAGGAUUCCCUGAAAAAUAUCCCAACAGCCUUGAAUGCACUUAUAUUAUCUUUGCACCAAAGAUGUCAGAGAUUAUCCUGGAAUUUGAAAGCUUUGACCUGGAGCUUGACUCAAACCCUCCAGGGGGGAUGUUCUGUCGCUAUGACCGGCUAGAAAUCUGGGAUGGAUUCCCUGAUGUUGGUCCUCACAUUGGGCGUUACUGUGGACAGAAGACACCAGGUCGAAUCCGUUCCUCCUCGGGCAUUCUCUCCAUGGUUUUUUAUACUGACAGUGCAAUCGCAAAAGAAGGCUUCUCAGCAAACUACAGUGUUUUGCAGAGUAGUGUCUCAGAAGAUUUCAAAUGUAUGGAAGCUCUGGGCAUGGAAUCAGGGGAGAUUCAUUCUGACCAAAUCACAGCUUCUUCCCAGUAUAGCACUAACUGGUCUGCAGAACGCUCUCGCCUCAACUACCCUGAGAAUGGGUGGACUCCCGGAGAAGAUUCCUACAGAGAGUGGAUACAGGUAGACUUGGGCCUUCUGCGCUUUGUCACUGCUGUCGGGACACAGGGAGCCAUUUCAAAGGAAACCAAGAAGAAAUACUAUGUCAAGACUUACAGAAUAGACAUUAGCUCCAAUGGGGAAGACUGGAUCACCAUAAAGGAAGGAAAUAAACCUGUCAUCUUUCAGGGAAACACCAACCCCACAGAUGUUGUGUUUGGAGUUUUCCCUAAACCACUAAUAACUCGAUUUGUCCGAAUCAAACCGGUGACUUGGGAAACUGGCAUAUCUAUGAGGUUUGAAGUCUAUGGCUGCAAGAUAACAGAUUAUCCUUGCUCUGGCAUGUUGGGUAUGGUGUCUGGACUUAUCUCUGACUCCCAGAUAACAGCAUCAAACCAAGGGGACAGAAACUGGAUGCCUGAAAAUAUUCGCCUGGUAACCAGUCGCUCCGGCUGGGCACUGCCACCUGCUCCUCACCCAUACAUAAACGAGUGGCUCCAAGUGGACCUGGGGGAAGAGAAGAUUGUGAGGGGCAUCAUCAUUCAGGGGGGGAAGCACAGGGAAAACAAGGUGUUCAUGAGGAAAUUCAAGAUCGGGUACAGCAACAAUGGCUCAGACUGGAAAAUGAUCAUGGAUGACAGCAAGCGCAAGGCUAAGUCUUUUGAAGGAAACAACAACUACGAUACACCAGAGCUACGGACUUUUCCACCUCUUUCCACACGAUUCAUCAGGAUCUACCCUGAGAGAGCCACUCAUGGAGGACUGGGGCUGAGGAUGGAGCUGCUGGGCUGUGAAGUGGAAGCACCUACAGCUGGACCGACCACUCCCAACGGGAACCUGGUGGACGAGUGUGAUGAUGACCAGGCCAACUGCCACAGCGGAACAGGUGAUGACUUCCAGCUCACAGGUGGGACCACCGUGCUGACCACAGAAAAACCAACCAUAAUAGACAGCACAAUACAAUCAGAGUUUCCAACAUACGGUUUUAACUGCGAAUUUGGCUGGGGCUCUCACAAGACAUUCUGUCACUGGGAACAUGACAAUCACGUGCAGCUCAAGUGGAGCGUGUUGACCAGCAAAACCGGACCGAUUCAGGAUCACACAGCAGGAGAUGGCAACUUCAUCUAUUCCCAAGCCGACGAAAACCAGAAGGGCAAAGUGGCUCGUCUGGUGAGCCCCGUGGUUUAUUCCCAGAACUCUGCCCACUGCAUGACCUUCUGGUAUCACAUGUCCGGUUCACACGUGGGCACGCUGAGGGUCAAACUGCACUAUCAGAAGCCAGAAGAGUAUGACCAGUUAGUCUGGAUGGCCAUCGGACACCAGGGAGACCACUGGAAGGAAGGGCGUGUCCUGCUCCACAAGUCUCUGAAGCUUUAUCAGGUGAUUUUUGAAGGUGAAAUCGGAAAAGGAAACCUUGGCGGGAUUGCAGUGGAUGACAUUAGUAUUAAUAACCACAUUUCACAAGAGGACUGCGCAAAACCGGCAGACCUGGAUAAAAGGAACCCAGAAAAUAAAAUUGAUGAAACAGGGAGCACCCCAGGCUAUGAAGGCACAGGAGAAAGCAAUGAGAACAUCUCCAGGAAGCCGGGCAACGUGUUGAAGACCUUGGAUCCCAUCCUCAUCACCAUCAUAGCCAUGAGUGCCCUGGGCGUCCUCCUGGGUGCCGUAUGUGGGGUCGUGCUGUACUGUGCCUGUUGGCACAAUGGGAUGUCCGAAAGAAACUUAUCUGCCCUGGAGAACUAUAACUUUGAACUCGUGGAUGGUGUGAAGUUGAAAAAGGACAAACUGAAUACACAGAGUACUUAUUCGGAGGCAUGA